CAUUUUUUGAAGACAUGUUUGUUGGCAAUUAAAGAAACUUUGCUAAAAAGAUUUUGCUGGAAAAAUAAUUCUUUUUCAAUGAAGCGCUCUGCGAGUGUCUUGCGAAUCAUCAAAAACCGGCAAUAUGCCUGGAAAAGGGAACGGAGCUCAUCGGCUGGUUCAUCGACUGUGGAUUAUUGCAUUAACUUAGUCAAAAAGUAUGAUUACGAGAAUUAUCUAUGCAACCUCCUGUUACCACAAGAAGCCAGAGUUAGCAGCUUUGCCAUCAGGUCUUUCAAUGUUGAAACUGCACAGGUUGGGGAGAGUGUGACAGAGAAACAAACAGCAUUGAUGAGGAUGCAGUUCUGGUCUGAUGCUAUUGAAAAAAUAUACAAGGAUGCCCCACCACAAACUCCAGUAGCUUUAGAGUUAUGGAGAGCUGUACAAAAGCAUAAACUUUCUAAACGUUGGCUGAAUCGCAUUUUAGAAGAAAGAAAAAAGAACUUGGAAAAUCCUUCAAAUAAAACAAUUGAAGAAGUAGAAAAAUAUUCAGAAAAUACUGUCUCAUCCAUUAACUACCUGUUGUUAGAGUCUAUUGGUGUAAAGGAUUUAACAGCUGACCAUGCUGCUAGUCACCUAGGGAAAUGCCAGGGCAUUGUGACGCUUUUACGAGCCGUGCCACAUCAUGCUCAGAGACGACGCACCUUUCUACCUCAACAAACAUUAAUACAGCAUAGCGUAGCAGAGGAAGAAGUGUUUAGAGGAUGCAAAGAGAAGAAAAUGUUGGAUGUUAUUUAUGAUAUUGCGAGCGUAGCAAACUCACACUUAGAAAAAGCAAGAUCUAUGAAGAAAGAUGUACCAAAAUCAACCCAUAAAGUAUUUCUACCAGCAGGGGCAAUGGAGCAGUAUUUGCUUGGCCUUCAGAAAGUUGACUUCAAUGUUUACCACUCAAGUUUACAACAGAGAAACAACUGGUUGCCAUGGACACUAUGGAAGAAAAAAAUAAUGGGAGGUUUUUGAUGACAAUUUGCUUAGGAAUUUAUAUAUUUAUAUUCAUAUACUUAAACCAUAGUCAAUUUUAUAUUGUCUAUUCUUAAUGGACAUUUUGGAAGGAUUUUGAUGAGCUUCGGGCAAAAUUUUCUCUAAGAUUAUUGAAGCUAAAUGUUGCCAAUAAAUAUUUAUGAUAAAUGAU